UCUGCAAGCUCAGGAGGUGAUCGUAUCCAAACUGCUUUCUGUCUCACUGAAGGCUGAUGUUGGAGACACCAUAUCAUACGUACGGCGUGUACCGUCUGCAUCGGCCCGCCAAACACUUCAGAGUGCGCGCAUCAUGCUUCCUUGGGAACAAUUGUAUCCAAGUAAAUCAGCAGACCCAAAGGAUGGCAAGGAGAAGGUCUCCAUCCCAAGCUCCGUCGCGAAG